GUCUGCUGGUUCCACAGCCGCCUCGCGCUCGCGUCAACGCUUUCGAAACCGUCGCCGUCCCCCCCUCGACCUCGCUUUCCCUCCUCCACCAGGUCCAGUCCAAGCCUCCACGGUUCGCUCACCUUCCCCUCCAAACCCAAGCCAAGCCCAAGCCUUCUUCUCUCCCGGCCCCAGCGCCCCCUGGUGUGGUCCGACCUUGAGCGAGUCUUAUCCUUUGCACUCCCGCGCCGCCCUCGUAUAAGUAGCCGCGCUAAUCAUUCGAAUUCCCAACGCCCCGGCACGGCACGACACGACCACUAAAACAUUUAUUGCCUUGAAGAGCUUCGCGGCGCGAACGUCGAGGAGCUUCCGGCAGCAGAAGGGUACACCAGCAAAGCAAAGGCUCCUGCUUGCGUAGGCGAGGAGCGUAAGGAAAGGAAAGCAAAGGCAAGGGAACGACCGAGCUGCAGAGAGCGCGGUUGAGGCUGAUCGGCUCAUCGACCGAUGGCGGUGACCGCGACGACGGUCGCGGCGGCGACCACGAUGCUGGCGGCCGUGGCGGCGGUCUUCCUCACCCUGGUGCUCUGCUUCUACAUCUUCCUCUGCGCCAAGCGGUACCGCGGCGGGGCGCCACCGCCGCCGCCGGCGCACGCGGGAGCCGGAGGCGUCAGGGCGUGGCUGCGCACCGUGUUCGGCGGCGGCGGGACACGCGCGGACGGCGGCGCCACGGAGUGGUGCUACGACGGCGGUCUCGACGAGAAGUCCAUGGCGAAGCUGCCCCGGCGGGAGGUGGCUAAGGGCGAGGCGCUGGACUGCGCCGUGUGCAUCACGGAGCUGGCGCCCGGGGAGACGGCGCGCGUGUUGCCGCGGUGCGGCCACGCGUUCCACGUCGACUGCGUCGACAUGUGGCUCCGCUCCCACUCCACCUGCCCGCUCUGCCGGUGCCCCGCCGUCGACGACCCGCCCGUCCCGCCCGCCGUGCCCACGCCCGAGGCCGACCCGGAGUCCCCCAACUUCCCCACCAACGUCCUCUUCUUCGGCUCCCAGGACGAGGUCAGCACCGGCCGCUCGCAGUCGCAGCAGCGCUCUGCGGCGGCACCUCCUCUGCCGGCGCCGACGCAGGAGCACGUCGCCGCCGUCGACGCCUCGCAGGCGUGCGUCGGGCUACGGAGGCUGAUUGGUUGUGGCGGCGCGACGCCGCCCACGCAGCCGCCGCAUCGUUGCGAUCAUCAUCACUAUCAGGAGGAGGACGCGCGCGGGGACAUCGAGAUGGGCCUCGCCGUCGCCGCCGGCGGCGAGAGCAGCGCGUCGUCGCGGCCGAUGAAGCCGCCACAGCCCGGUUCGUGAGGCUGCUUGCCGUUUCCUUGUGUGUGACAUCACAAGUUUUGCUUCCCUUCUUCGCGUCGCGUGCGUACGUGUUUUCCGAUAGGGAGAGAAUGAUCAACCCAAAAAAAGUGAAAGAGAAAAAAAAAUGUACAGAUUCUUAUAGCCGUCUGAUGUAAAUUCCUCGUGUGGAUAGAGCAUGAACUGGGGACAGGAAUCGAAAAAAAAAAAAUCAAAGCUUGGAAUUCCUCGUCUGCUGUUGUUGUCUGCAGUUGUUCUUGCAUGCAGUGAAUUCAGCAGUCAGUUACUUUCA